GAGACCGAACAUGUCGGAGAAAAGCGUGGUGCAGGAAAGUGUCGCGGGAACCACGGAUAUGGAACAUGCAGUGAAGAAGGCGAACGCAUUCUCAAGCUUGCUACAGUUUACGACCUGGCGUUGGCGAACAAUUACUACAUCGAAAAGGAUCAUCUCAUGACGCAUUCGACUGAAGACAGAAGAACAAAUAGAUUUUUGGGCGAUAAGGCAAAACGAGCUCAAGUGUGUAAAAACAAACCUCUAACUCUCGACUUCAAAAUGCCAGCUGAUAGUCUAAGGAAAAGAACCGGCACAAACAUACGUUGCAUCAAAUGGGAAAGUAAAAGAGAAAACUAUGGCCAGGGACGCACUGGUAAAACUCUAGCACAAUUACACCCACCGGUCAUGGGCAGACCAGCCGACCGCUCAAAAGUGUUCCGCAUCAAGUCGGAGUUCGUUAAGUUGCACGGUUUGAAGCUCAACGCGAAAAAGCAGAAUCUAUGGAGGAAAAUCCUAGAACCAUAUGCACAGUCCUGGAUGAAGUGGUGGAGCUUGACAGGCAUACUGUGUGACAAACGAAUGCCGUUACAUCUUACAACACUGGUGUGUCGUAGUGUGAUCCGUCCGGCAGCACCGUAUGGCAGUGAUGUUGCCGAGCACGCGAAAAGAAGAGAACAAGCUUGGUCAUGGGGACUAGGAUGCUGCGGACUCUAG